GGAACGCGAGCGGGAUCCGGACCUACGCACGAAGAUAUAUAAGGAACGGUCAUCACUGGCCAUUCUGGAGGCCGCUCAAUAAGACGUUGAGACGCUACGGUCCGGUCCCUAUAACUCUAAUCACGCAGCAUACAGGAUGCACUGCUUCGGUGCUCUAUUCGUCAGCAGUUCCCUGGCGCUCGCUGCAACGGCCUCUCCAGCAAAAUCUACUCUCAAGGCCGCGGCAUCGCCUCGUUACUUUGCUGCUGCGAUUGGUUACGGGCAUUUGACAAACAAAACCGACCACCUGUUCCGCGAAAUUGCAGUUGCCGAGUACGGUGGCCUGACGCCGGAAAACGAGAUGAAGUGGGAGAUCACCGAGCCCGAACAGGGUGUCUUCAACUUCACCCAGGCUGAGAUCAUCGUGUCCUUUGCCGAAGCUCACGACUACGUCAUUCGUGGUCACACCCUCGUGUGGUAUAGUCAGCUUGCCCCUUGGGUGACCGAAAUACCAGAGUCAGAAGUUCUGAGCGCUAUGCAGAACCACAUUACGACGGCAAUGACCCACUUUAAAGGUCGCAUAUAUGCCUGGGAUGUAGUCAACGAAGGGUUCAACGACGACGGGACCUUCCGCGAUAAUGUGUUCUUGGAAAACAUUGGCGAGGACUACUUUGAAAUCGCCUACCAGACUGCAAGAAAAGCCGACCCUCGCGCCAAGUUGUACUAUAAUGAUUACAAUACAGAGGGCGUAAAUAAUAAAUCGGACUCAGUCCUUUCCUUGGUGAAGUCCUUGAAGAGCAAAGGCUUAAUUGAUGGUGUCGGGUUUCAGAGCCACUUCAUCGUCGGUUCAGUACCGAACGACCUGCAGGCAAAUCUCCAGCGAUUCGUUGACGCUGGCGUUGAGGUGGCAAUCACUGAGCUUGAUAUCAGGGCGAAUACUCCAGUGAAUGCAUCCGUCAUUGCACAACAUGCUAAGGACUUCGCAUUCGUAGUCAAUGCAUGCCAGGCUGUCAAGAAGUGUGUCGGUAUUACGACCUGGGGCAUCACGGAUUCAUACAGCUGGAUCCCCUCUACCUUCCCUGGACAAGGCUAUGGGUUGCUCUGGGACGACAGUUAUGAGAAAAAGCCGGCUUAUUACACCACAUUGACUGCGUUGCGUACAUGAUAUGUAUAUGAUAGUUCUGGCUGGGCAAGGAAGCACCUAGCCUCUGAAUCCA